AAUAAACACCUGUGUGACGUCAGGGUCUCAUGACCACAGGAACCAGGAAGAAUAAACACCAAACCGAAAGUUAAACAAAAUGGUUAAACCACCCACUGGAUGUACAGAGAGAGAAAAAUAUUAAUGAAGAAAAUGUAGCAUGCAAGAUAUGACCAAUAUUUAGAUAUGGCUACUGCUACCACCUGGGCACAGGACCUCAUUACCUGUGAUCUAAACUGCGACAAGCCCGUCCAGCAAUUCUGUAACAGCUGCCAAGUCGGUCUGUGCGCAGACUGCAUCAACAAACACGUCAACAGCCUCAAGUCAAUGAAGCAUGACAUCGUUCCCUUCACAAAGCGCACAGUCCAGCUGGUGUUCCCUCAGUGUACAUCUCAUUCCCACCAGAGAUGUGAGGGCCACUGUCAACAGUGUGACAUCCCGGUCUGCAUGAAAUGUGUCAUGAGUUCCCAACAUAAAGGUCAUGAUAUAGUGGACAUGGCAGACAUCAUUACCACGAAGAAAGAAAGAAUCAAAAGAGAAACAGAAGAAAUCGAAGGUGACAUUAUUUCCAAGAACAAGAAACAAGAUUCAGAUAUUGAAAAGAAGAUUUCCACAAGCACGGCCCACUUCUCUGGUUUAAUGAAGAAAGGUAAAGAUCAAAGAAAACAAUGGCACCUAGAAGUAGACGACAUCUUCGACCAUUUUGAAACCCUGACCCAGUCCCUUAGAGAUUACCAAAUUACAGCUCUAAAAUCAUACCAGUCCCAACUCAGAAGUCAGAAUUCCAGUAUUAUCCAAAGUGUUCAAGAAAACAAAGAGAUUCUGAAGUCCAACAACGUGUCUGAUGUCAACAACUACAAAUCCAAACUGACUGAAUUUAGGUACAUCCCACAAGUACCUGAUUUAACACUACCGUCACUUAAAACCAACACAAUCCAAGGGAGAGAACUCAGUCUAGAGUUUGGGGAAUACAAAGCUAAACUGACACAGAGCACGCUGUCCAGUCUGACAGAUGAAGCCUCCAAUUUAUCUGUUACAGAAUUAUUAAAAGAAGCCAAAGUGAUCGCAAACAUUUCAACAAAUGUUAAACCAUUAAAUAAAGUAGCCUGUGUUGUGUCAGAUAGAGCUUGGAUAGGUGGAAGAGACAAAAUGAUACGAUGUGUUGACAUACACGGGACUGUCACUGACUCUGUCACCAGUACAUGUAUAGACUUCCCCACAGACAUAGCAGUGAACAGACAGGGAGAACUGAUUUACAGUGAUACUGCUCAUAGAACUGUGAACAUUGUCAGACACGGGAAGACAGAGACACUGAUCACCACACCACGGGGCUGGCAUCCUAAGGGACUGUGCUGUACCAGAUCAGGGGACAUCCUUGUCAGUAUGUGUACUACUGAUAAAAGUCAUUACAAAAUUAUCCGUUAUCAGGGACAAAGAGUGACGCAGGAAAUAGAUAAAGAUGAACACAGUAAUCCAAUCUAUCAAGGAGGGAAGUAUGGAGCGUUGGUGACAGAGAACAACAACGGUGAUAUAGUGACCUCUGAUCUUAAUGCUAGAGUAGUGGUAGUGGUGGACAGGAAAGGGAAAGUCCGAUUCCGAUACAACGACAAACCACCGGGGGGACGGGAAUCAUUCUAUCCUGUACAUAUAGUGACAGACGCCAUGGGUCACAUCAUAGUGGUAGAUCAAUUCGAUCACUGUCUUCACAUUCUAGAUCAGAACGGACGAUUCCUGAGAUGUGUAGACAAUUGUGGAUUAUAUAGACCUGUAGGACUGAGUGUGGACAGUGAGGGGAGGUUGUGGGUGGGACAGUUUGAUUUGGGUGAAGUGAAAGUGAUCCAGUACAUGAAAUGAACAGUACGAUAUUCACACGAAAUGUACAUGUAACAUGUGUAUCAAUGAAAUAUUUAUUUCUAUCAGUGCCAUAUCUAUAGACGCACGUCCAUUUCUGUCAGGAUUCUAGUUAAUGAUUUCACACGAAUCAGAGACACAGGCCAGUGAAUUUUAAGAUCAGGUCAGCGAAAAUCAAAAUCAAGACGUCCGAUGGGCUUGCAGGCUUUGCAAGUCACUUUAUUAAGUAAAAUGUUGGAUGUAGAUAUUCUAAAUGCCUUAUUUGCAUAAAUUUACUAUUUGAAUAAGAAUAAAUUUAUUAAAAAUAAGUAAGUGUUUGGACA